CACAGUAUCUCCGAUUUGGCGAAUGUCGAUGAACGCGAGGCAUAUGUGCUUUGAGCUAAACAGAAUUUAUUUAAACUGAUAAAACAUCAUCUGCAUGUUUGAAAAGCAUUAAAAAAAAAAAAAGAAAAAGAAAAAGAAAAAAAAACGCAGAAAAAUGCGUUGAAAAUUUUCAUAUAAAUAAUAAUUUUUAUGUGAACAUUCCAAGCAAUAAUAUUUUUGAAGUGACAAAGUCAAGUGACUUUUGAGAGGUGAAAAUAGUGAAAAUGUUUUUCAAAUUAAAUAUCCCGAGUCUUGCCAGUCUUGGACUGCUUUUAAUUAUCUUAGAAGGAUGCUGGUGUGCUGAGGAUAGAACGUGUACUCCACAACCACAAAUACUUUACCCGUGUGAAUCUUCUUGUCGGGAGACAUGCGAAGCAAAAGCUAAGACUUGUCCUAUCGUAAGUAUCGCAUGUAAUCCGAGUUGUUAUUGUUUGGAGGCUUUUGUAAACAAUGAAACGGCCGAAUGUAUACCUCAGGCAGAGUGCCCUUAGAAGGCGGGUCAAUGAUAAUAAGAAGAAG